GAUGCAGGCAAUGAUAGCUAACAGUUAGCUAGUGUUUUCGCAAUUUGGAAAGAUGGCUGGGGACAUGCAAGGUUUUGCGCUGGAAAAAGCAGAACUGCUUUCCAGCCGUUUGAAGGAGCUUCUGUCUUCGGGACAAGGAUAUGUUCGGGCUCAGUUCGGGGUGGAUUUGGGUCUGAAGCCCGAGCUGUACCCGACGUGGGUCAUCCUGACUACGGCGGCAGCGGGUCUGCUGCUGCUGUUCUGUCUGUCCUGGGCCGCCGUCUGUGGCGGUCUGCUCGUCGGGAAAAAGCGAGGAUCCCCUGUCACCGAAAGCAGAGCUGAACCCGUCAAGGCCACUUUUGCUAAAACGGCGAAACCAGAAGAGCAGAAGAAGAGGAACAAAAAGAAAACGCUUGAAAAGAAGACUCAGUCCAAUGGGCAACCAGUAGCUGUAGCUCAGGAGCAAGUCAAAGCGACUGAGGUGGUUUCCAAGGUGUCCCCACAGACCAAAACUGAGAAGGUCCAUGAGGUACAGGCCCCAGUACAGGUGAAAAAGAACAAGAAGAAACCCAAGACAGAUGUGAAACCAGUUCAGCAUGUGUCUACAAAUGAGGGGAAGGAACCUGAUGAUGGUGCAUGGGAGACCAAAGUCAGUAACCGAGAGAAGAGGCAGCAGCGCAGAAAGGACAAGGGCCCUGAGGACUCUGGUAGCUCAGGCGGGGUGGAGGCCCCCAAAACCCAUGUGAUUCCACCUGUAGCCACAGCAACUACCCACACCAAGAAGAACAGAGGAAGCCACGAGUCACUAUCUUCAAGAACCACGGGAAAGGGGGAUACAGCCAGUGCAGCUGUGUCCUCCAGCUGGAGAGAGGAGCCUUCAGUAAACGGUGUGGGAUGGACUGACAUUUCCUUGAAGCACCCCGGUCAGAUGGGUGCUGUGGAGGGAACCAAGUGGAGUAACAUAACCACAGCUCCACAUUACAGAGCCCCAACCGAGCCCCAGCGCUGGGCACAGGAGACGCAAGCAGCGUGGACUGGCAUUGAUGGUCGGAUAAAGACUGACCUGAACCCUGUAUCCUUCUCCAUGCGGAGACUAAACACCACAGACCCAGUAUCAAAUUCAACUGAUCUGCAGUGGACGAAACACCCAGAUGUUGACGAUGAAUGGUCUGGAUUCAAUGGGAUGGCAGCAGCUGACCCCACCUCUGACUGGAAUGCUCCAGCAGAGCACUGGGGAAACUAUGAAGAGCCUCCUGUAUUGGUGACACCAGCCCCUACACUGAAGGAACAGCCUGUCCCUAACAAGGUGUCAGAGGAUGAGAAGGACACCGAGGAUCCCUCUGGGGGAGCAGCCAAAUCCAAGAAGAAGAGGAAAAAGAAGAAGAAAACAGAAGAGGAGGCUGCAUCCGAGGCUCAGGUGGUGAGCACAGCACCCCUGGUCAAUGCAGUGCCCAAACCCCAAGAGAUUCCCGUGCUGGCCUCCAAAAAGCAGAAUCCCAGCAUAUCCUCCUCCCAGAAGAAGUCUGAGCAGAUUGUGGAGCCUCCGAAACCCAACCAGAAGAAAAAGGUGCGAAGAGAGACAUGAAGUCACAUCACAGGUCCAAACGAAGCAUAUGCAAAAGAUUGUUAAACGUGUCACAUGCAAUAAUUACCAGGUACAGAGUUUCUUUCAGAGAUACAUUUAACAGUUUAUCAUUUACCGAAACAAAAAGUCAACAAGCAGUGGAUAUCGCCUGCUUGGCUAAAUAUAGUGAUGAAAUGUGGUCCUGUGGACCGAAAUCUUAACUACUUUGCACUAUUCGCUGCACUGCAACCAGAGUGGAGUUUCAGGACAGGUAGACUUGCAGUGGAGGUACGUGUUUAUGUAAUUCUUUUUUAAUCACAUCAAAAGUGUUUUGUUUUUUUUGCUCCCCAAGAGUUUAUGUUUAUGAUCGUUGACCCAAGCAACAUAAACAGGUUUUCUUUAUUUUUAUAUUUAGGAUAAUUUAAAGUUACAAGUUACGUUUUUACUCCCCAGAAUAUUGCACUUUGUUUUCUUUGUCAUGCUGCUGCCCAUUUAUCAAGUACUGAAUGCCAGUGCUAGUCUCAAAUCCGUCUUAAAAGAUUAGUUUGGAUUUUUAAAAAGUUUUCUUUUAGUACAACUCUAUCAUACUGUACGUAUGUUGAAAGAGCUAUGGGUCACAUCAUUGCUCCUCUUCAUUCUGGGUGUGAAGUGAUGCGCUCAUAGAGUAGCUGCAAUGUAAGAGACGGGAGAACAAAAAUCCACGCUGCUCCUUUUUUGCAAAAAUGCAUCCUCCAUGUUCAAGCAAAGCUACAGUAAUAUGAGGCUUCAACUAAGUCAUUUUUUAAGUGUUCUUAGGGGCUUUUUGUACCUUUAUGUUGAUAGGACAGUCAGAGAGAGACAGGAAAUAGGGAGCGAGAGAGAGAGAGGAAUGACAGGCAGCAGGGUAGAAUCGAACCCUGGGCCGCUGCAGGGAGGACUAUAGCCUCAGUUCAUGGGGCGUCUGCUCUACUGAGUGAGUGAGACAACACCCCGAACUAAGUCAUUUUUAACCAGACUGAUGAAUUUUUUUGCUGAGCUGUGGUAGAGGGAUACAUCCUGGUUGUGGCAUGUAGGUUUGUUGCUGGGACAAAACAGAUGUGACUGUGAGGACAAAUGUACCCACUUGAUGUGGCUAUUCCCAGCUUAGGCUGAACUUGAGAAUGCAUUUUUGUACAGCACAGACUAUUUUAUAUCCCAUUUUUUAAAAGUGUUGGCACCCUACAAAGAUACUGAUACACAACUACUAUGAGCAAGUCAUUUUUACAGCUAUCCAUAACACUUUCACCAUACAUAUGACAGAGACAGACUUGAAAAAAUCCAAACUUGAUCUUGAAAGUAAUAUUCCUUGAAAUCCCUCCUUUGAGUACAGCUGGCUGCCUGGAGGCUGUUUAGUUUGUAAAAGCACCUUUAUGAAGAAUGGCAGCUGUGGACUGGUUGAAUUCCAUGUCGGUCACAGUAGUGGGAAGUUUCACGGCAUUAAAAAGAUAUCUUGGCACAGGAACUUCUCCUCACACCACCCCUACAGUGUAAUCCACCUUUUCGCUGUCCGUUGGUGUGAUAGUAUGUUCCAAACACCUGCAGUUUUGUCAAAAUAUGGUUAAAUACACUACUGCCCUGAGCUUCAGAGUUUUAGGCAGAGUGACAGCAAGACACUGAGGUUUUGUAUUUCACCAUAUUUUGUUGAAACUAUGAUGAAAACUUGGAGCAAACUGACAGUUGCUGAUUCAUCAGUCAUGUAUCAGAUGAGAUAAUUUUCCUCAAAGACAAUGCUAAAUUUAAAAUUUAGGCAUAGUAAACUGAUUCUGGAUUGACACUGGGCCUAUUAAGUAGAGAGCACAGUAACUGAAAUGAGCCACCAGGAGGCACUGUAAUGUGAAGUUAAGGCAGUGGGAUUAUCCCAUAAAGCAGUAGCACUAUUGAGUAUUGUCCCUUUUCUUUUAUCAUUCUGAACGUGUCUGUCUUUAUCUGACUGGACUGUGCGUUGAUUAUUUUGGAGACUUAAUUGUCCCUUCUGCAUCUUUAUAAUUUUUUAAAAAUGCAUUAUCUUCCUGUUUUUGUGCUAGAAAAAGCCAUGCCAUAUGUACAGAUUGUAAGGGCUUUUUCCGGUUCUGUGAUUGCACUGUGCAAAAGGCUGUAUUGAGUUCCUUUUGAUGUCAAUGAAUUGUUUUCUACUACCUUUUUGCGGAAUGUGAAAUGUGUAACUUUUUUUGGUUUGUACCUGACUUCCAGGAUCUAUGGGCUGGGGGGGCGGGGGGUUGACGUAAAUUGAGAAUGGAAAAAAAACAAAUAUGAUAUGGGGCAGCUUUAAUUCCACAUCAAAGUUGGUUUUAAACAAUACACACACACACACACACAAUUACACAUACAUAAAAGGAAUUUAAUUCCAUUGCCUUAACCUGUAGAUGUAUAGCAUUGGCUUCCUUUUUUUAUAGUUUCCAUCUAAUUGCAAGUUUUGAUGUCAGAAUUAAUUUUAUCUUGCAUGACUUUGAUAAUAGUACUUGUGUACAUGAAAUUAAAUGAAUGAUCUCUUGCUUUAACUGUCAGUACUUGGUCCUGGAGUACCACUCAGUGUAUAUACUGUAAUAGCUUUUUUUUAAGGAGACAAAUUGCAGCUUUUCUGUGGGCAUCCAAUUCAACAGACAUUAACAAGAAUCUGUUAUAGGUUGGUUAAGAGCCUUAGUGCAUCAAGGUGUUGAUCAGCUGGUGGUGGUGCAUAAUUGUUGGUAGACCUGAUAGAACAAAUUGAUAUGUUGCCGUGGCUUCAGGUGCCCUUUUCUUGUUUAAUUUGUACUGAUUAAGAUGAUUCAAUCAAUGUAUUUAUAUACUUGUCUCUAGGAAAUGGUUUUUGUGAAUGAUUUUGUUUAUUGAUGAGAUACAAAUGAUAUUUCUAUGUUUGUUUGGUAAAGAUGAAAAAUAAAUGAGAAAUGCUUGAUAUGACCUUA